GCUGAGCGGGUUAGGACUGAGGAGGAGCGUUGCGCAAGCGCGUCCAAGACGGUCACAGGUAACUCCCAUUUGACGGGCGAGGCGUCGCCGUCGUCGCCGGAAGUUUGGCGUUUUUGCGCCGCUGGAGAGGCGGCGGUCGCGGCAGAAGCAGCUGAGUGUCUCUUGAUACCCGGAUGUGAGGCGAUCUGCGGGCUCGCGGUGGACUCUCGGCGAGGACUGAGGAAGGUGCUGUGUAAUAUGUUAAAAGGAUAUUAUAAGGAAUGAUUUUGUCAAAUUUUCCUGAGUUAUGGUGGCUGAAAGAUCAGUUUUGUCUUGUUGGAAAAGAACUAAAUGGCAGCACAAAAGGAAAUCUACGUUAAUAGAGUAUUUUAUUAAACGAAAGAGGUUAGGUAAGAACUUUACACCAACACACUCAGCAAAGAAGGAAAGAAACGUGUUAGCUAUAAGACAUGUUUCACAUGAAUCAAAGUCCAGUAACUGUAGCUGUAGAUUUCAGAAGGAAAAGGUUUUCAAAAACUUUGUCAUAUCGAGUGAGUGAUCAAUAAUUUUUCCAGUGAUAGCACUAGGCCUGAAAACCAAUAUUAACUGAAAAAGUAACAAAAGAAAUUGUACCUGAAUUAAGUUUUUUUUCACAAAAAGUUCUAAAAAUACCAAAUUAGAAUUAAAUUUUCCUCAAAUUUUUAUUGCCUUGUUCAGAGUAAAGCAAAUAUCUUUCAGCCUUCAUGCCAGCUUUUCUCAUGUCCAAGGAAUGACAGAAACUUUACUUGAAGCAAACUAGUAUUUUUGUUGAAAAUGUACAUCAGCAUCAAAAUCAAUUUUUAAGACCUCCUUAGUUAAUAAUACUAGACAUUCAGCAUUCACAUCUACCAGGACAAAUAAUUGUCUCAAAAACUACUCAGAAAAGGAGGACCCCACUCAGGAAUGAUGUCCAUUCAGGAGAACUCAAAAGAAAAUUCCUCCAGUGUUACUAAAAAAAGUGAAGAUAAGAAUCUGGAAACACAAAUUGAAGGUUCUCAAAAGAAUCUAGCAAAAAAAUCGGGUCCAAAGGAAUCUAUAAAGUCAUCGGUUAAGUCUUCCAGUGAAAGUAAAAUAAAUCAGCCUGAAUUAGGAACGUGCAUGAGUACAAGGUCAGCAAAGGCAGCAUCCAAUGAUAAAAAAGCUAGUAAAUCCAUUACUAAAAGUAUGGUGACUGUGAAAGAACAUUCACAACAGGAAUCUACAAAAAAGAAGAAGUCAUCUCAGAAAAAAUCAGUGCAUGAAACUCCUAAAUCAGAUGAACAGCUUAAUCGGAGAUCACAAAGACUGCAACAGCUAACAGAGGUUUCAACAAGGUCUUUACGUAGUAGAGAAAUUCAGGGUCAAAUUCAAGCAGUUAAACAGAGUUUGCCACCACCAAGAAAAGAGCACUGUAGCAAUACUCAAAGUAAAUCUAAUAAAGUUAAAACAAGUCAAAAACAUGUGAAAAGAAAAGUAUUGGAAAUAAAGUCUGACUCUAAAGAGGUUGAAAAUCCAGUAAUUCAUGAAGUAAUAAAUUCUCCCAAAGGGAAAAAACGGAAAGUAGAGCAUCAGACAGCACAUACCUGUAGUUCUCAGUGUACAAAAGGAUCUGGAAAGUGUCUUGAGAAGAAUACUAGAAAAGAGGAAACAAAAUCUGUGCCUGUAACUUCUGAGAUAAAAAGAUCAAAAAUGGCUACUUCAGUCAUCUCUAAGAAGAAUGAGAUGAAGAAGUCAGUUCUUAUACAAAUGAAUACUAGUGCAAAAUCCCAAAAAAGUCCACAGCCAUCAGUGCCUGAACUAAUUGUAGAUAACGAGCUGGAGCAAGCAGGAAAGAGCAAACGAGGUAGCAUUCUCCAGCUUUGUGAAGAAAUUGCUGGUGAAAUUGAGUCAGAUACUGUAGAAGUAAAAAAAGAAUCUUUAGAAGUGGAAAGUGGAAAGGAAGAGAAGCCUACAGAAAUAAAAUUGGAAGAGACUGACCUUGAGAGACAAAUACUUCAUCAGAAGGAAACAAAUCAGGAUGUUCAGUGUAAUCGUUUCUUCCCCAGUAGAAAAACAAAGCCUGUGAAAUGUAUACUAAAUGGAAUAAAUAGGUCAACUAAAAAGAAUUCCAGCUGGACUAAAAUUAAGCUCUCAAAAUUUGACUCUGUGCGGCAAAAUAAGUUGGAUUCUCAAGUUGCCCCUAAGUUGGGCUUAAUACGAGCCAGAUUUUCACUACCAGCAUUAGAAAUGCAUCAUACAGUGACUCAAAGUACAUUUUUAGAGACAAAACCACAUCAUGAUAAAAAUACAGCUUGUCAGGACGAAGUGAGAGAAGUAAAUUUUGAAGAAGUUAAAAUUAAUGAUAUUGAAGUUGAAAUUAAUAAAACCAUAGAAAGGGCUCCUGAGAAUUGUCAUUUGGAUAAUCAUAGAAAACCACCUCCUGAUCCACCAUUGGAUAACCGCAUGAAAGAUUCUUUUGAAUCAACACCAGAUAAGAAUUUCAGCAGAUGUUUGGAAUCCAAGCUUGAAAACAAUCCAGUGGAAAACACCACUGCUGUAUCAACUCUGCUCAGUCAAGCAAAAAUUGAUACUGUGGAGAGUAAAUUUCCAGGUUCAGCUUCCAAACAGCACAGUGUAUUCAAUAACCAGACAUCCAAGACCAGUGAUAACAGGGAGAUGCCACCAAAUCAUUUUUGGCCUAAGUGUAAUUCGCAUUUGGAGAUAACAAUUCCAAAGGACUUAAAACUCAAAGAAGCAGAAAAAGCUGAUGAAAAACAGUUGAUCAUAGAUGCAGGACAAAAAAGAUUUGGAGCAGUUUCCUGUAAUGUUUGUGGCAUGCUUUACACAGCCUCAAAUCCAGAAGAUGAGACACAACAUCUGCUCUUCCACAACCAGUUUAUAAGUGCUGUAAAAUAUGUGGUUCUGCUCAUUAAUCACCACGAGUGUGGAUCUGAAGAAGAGUUUAUUACCUCUCUUUUUUUGAGGCUGGAAAAAAGAAAGAAUUCUGGCUGAAUAUCCUGAUGGCAGGAUAAUAAUGGUUCUUCCUGAAGACCCAAAGUAUGCCCUGAAAAAGGUAAAUUACCAGUGAAAUUUCAUGUAGAAUUGAUAAUAUAAUUUUGCAGCUAAUUUUAAGAGAAUAAUGCAUAACUGAUGUAACACAUUUAAACACCAAUUCUGAAGGCAAGAAAUAAGCAUGUGAUAAUACUACCCAGCUGAAAAACUAUGCUUAAACUUUGUAAUGUGUCUAGCACAUAUGAAAUGAAUUUUUAGUGAAUUAGUUACUGUCCUGUAAUAUCAGUAAUUUGAGUGAUGGUAUAGAAAGCAUGCUCCUUAAGUUAAAAUGCCAUAUAAAUUAUUUCAAGAAUCAGAAUUAACCCAUUAACAAUUAAAAUUUGAAUCGUAAUAACUUAGAAAAUUAAAAUUAAUAACUAUAAAGUUUCUUUCUAAGAGUAAAUUUCUAAGUAAUGUUUAUUGCUGAAGGAGAUCUAGUAGUAGCUGGUUAUAGUAAUCCUGAAAUUAAACAUGAGGCAAUCAAAUAAUGUUAAAAAAAAAACAGGAUAUAGUCUGGUUUAUAAAUAUGACAUAGAAAACUUAAAAUCCUCUUACAUAGUAUGAGCCCGGUUUUAGUCCAACAUAGAGUUACAAAUUCUGAGGAUUCAGAGAAAUGAACCAGAGAGAUAUCGAAGUCUGGAACCAUUUUAUUAUAUAAAUAUCUUAAUAGUCAGGAAACUGUAAGAUAAAACUUGUUUUUAAAUAAUAUAUUAAUUGAAUUUUCAAAUAAUAUACUCAGAGCAUUUUUCUUCAACCUCCAGAUGCUUCUUCAGAAGUAUCUCAUAAUGUAAAGCAAUGGGUCCAUUUGUGUAUCUGAAACAAUUGUACUAGAGUGUGUCCAAAAUGUUUAGUAAUACAAAGAAUAUAUUUACUUAUUGUACUUUUUUAGGCUAACAGUUGGACCUCUUUAAAUUUAGGAUACUCCAACUGAAAGGGAGGUUGAAAGAGCAUUCUUUGGACCCAUUAUUUGAAAAUAUAGUUAACAUUCUGCUUAAUCUUGUGGUUCCUGACUUCUCAGGACAAUUCCAUUUACCAAAGCCCUCAAACUACUACUGCCUAACAGUAUAAACAUUUGCACUUAAAAUGGCAUGUAGAUAUGCUACCGCUCUUGUAUUUUGAAACAUUGAUCCCUGCAGAAAAAUAAAUACUUGUUGAAUUAAUGGUGAAUUAGUGAUUGACUAAACCAAAAUUAAAUUAGGGAAUUUUUGGAAUUCUAAAUAUCAUCAUUUGGAAAUGCACAGUGGAUUUUUGCUACACCACCAAUAUGUGGAAUCCAGACUUUUCUCAAUAAAAAUCCUCAGUAAAUGUUGAUUUCUUCAUUUUAGUUUCUCAGGGCAAAAUAUUAGUAACUUACAAUCCAGUUUGUUACUUGUUAGUAACCCAUGAUAGGUUAAAAAUAAAAUCUAGAGAAUUGUGAGUCAUCUGCCUCAGGAAUUGAAUCUGGGGUUGUAUUUUGGGAUACCUUUCAGGAUUAGGAGGACUUGAGUUUUUAUCACUGAAUAAGGGAUGUUUUACAUGGUAUUUUUCAUGUCAGAGGUAUAAAUACUUAACCUCCUUAGGGGUUAUUUUCAUUUUCAACUUAGUAACACAAAUGAAUGUUUAUUGGACUGCUAUUUGAGUAUUAUUGUUUAACUGGGGAAGGAACUACUGUUUAAGUACCUACAAAAAAGUCUAGAGUUUUGAGUGUCCACAAAAGUUUGAGUUUGUCAUAUUUGACCUUGACACAGUUCUGAAAGGUAAAAAAGAGGAAACAGGUUUUGAUACUAUAUUAAUAUUAUGGAUUCAAAUCACUGCUCCUUGGUUUUCUAGAUGUCCAACAUCUGACAUGAGAAAGUUACUUACCUUUGAAUUUUAUUUCUUCUAUAUGUAAAGUAAGGAAUUCUAGAUCUUCAAGAGAUUUGGGGUUUAAGUAAGAUAAUACAGUGUUUUGUAUAAUGUGUGGCUUAUAAACUGUUAUUGAUAAAGAGUAAACAUGUUUUCCUUUCAUUUGUGCCCACUUCAAUUUUACUUAUGAGGGUGCUAAUUAAGGCUUGGGAAGAAAAGUGCUUGCCUUUGUAAGAUUCUAGUGAAAUUCUCCUCACUUCUCAAACCCAUGAUGCUUCAGUGGGAGGCCUUAAUGUUCUUACUGCCUCUUGUAGGAGCAGCUACUCCUCUUGUUCCCCAUUUUACAGAUUGGUCCACAGGGCUUGAAAAAUGUUACUAGUCAGCAUAAUCGUUCAAAAAGAACUUUUUAGAGGAUGUCCUGCUUGGAAUAAUAAUAAUAAUGAACUGAAAUAGCAUAUUUUUACAUGUGUAAGUGCUUCUGUUGUUUAAAAAAAAAAUGCUGUUCUUUAUUUGGCAGGUUGACGAGAUUAGAGAGAUGGUUGAUAAUGAUUUAGGUUUCCAACAGGCUCCAUUAAUGUGCUAUUCCAGAACUAAAACACUUCUCUUUAUUUCUAAUGACAAAAAAGUAGUUGGCUGCCUAAUUGCAGAACACAUC